AAACUUUAAGCAAGUCUAAAAAAAUUAGAAAUUAAUUCAAAUUAUUGUAUUUUAUAAUAUAUUUUCUCGUUUUUUUAGUUGUAACAGAAUUCAUAAUGUUAUUGAUAUAUCAGUUUUUUUUAAUUUUGCUGUGCACUUUUGGAUAUGCCUUACCUCCAAUGUGUUAUGAAAUAAUUAAUGACAUGAAUAUUCUUUUAGGAAAAUCUAUUUGGAAAACUUUGGCGAAUAUAGAACCCAACUUUGGCGUGAAGCACAACAAUAGAAGAUAUACAAUUAAUGAAAUUAUUGCAAUGAACGAGGAUGGAAAUAUUGUCAACGAAAAUAACUUUAAAGAAAAAUUAGAACUAUAUUAUAUUCUAUUAGGUUGCAUUUAUAGUGAUUGGUUCAGAGUUAUAAUUAUAGUAUUUAAAACAAUUGCAGAUUACUAUAGAGUCAAUGAACAGCAGUGGAAUCUUUAUGGAGGUUUUCUAGAUUUAAUUGAUGUAUACGAUAAUGUGUUAACCAUGAUGGUGAGUUCCCUUAAUUUGAUAUUAGAUAAAUAUCAUAAAUAUCUAAACAGUUCUAAUCAAUCAAAUUUAAUAAGAAUAUUGCCUAAUUUUCAUAUUUCAACAGCUAUAUAUAAUUUAAAACAAUCUCGUAUUGAUUGUGUUAAUCUUUCUCAUAUCGUUCACAAAUUUGAUCGAAUAAUAUAUUUUUUGGACUUAUUUGACAAUUCGUAUUCUGGAUUUGAAAGAAAUAGAAAUUUGGAAGGCACAAUGAAUAUGGUAUCACAAUUUUUACAGGCAAUUUUAUCUAGCCCUGAUAGUUCGCAAGAUAUAGUGUCGGAUUUAACCCACAUUUUAAAUAGAAGUGAAGAGAAUUUUGAGGAAUGUUUUCAUGAACUUGGAUUUUGUUACAACACUAACAGCAAACAUACGUCCGUAUUAAAAGAAUCCACAUUUCUUAUAGGAGUAAAAAGCUUAUUUGAUGAAUUGCGUCAUUAUUAUAUAGACAUAAUUAAAUACAUAAUACCAUCUAAUUCUUAGAAAAUUUUAAAAUCGAAAUAUGCCGUUAUUUAUUAAUUUUUCAUAUUUAAAGCAAAAGUAUUCAAAAAAUAAUAUUAAAAAAUGUAAAUUUAUAGUGAUACAGCUUAGUGUGUAAAAACUAUCUAUAUUUUAUUGUCAAUCACAUUUAAAUUUUUGAUUAUCUAAAAGACAAAAUAUGUUAUUUCAGCUAAAUUUUAUCUGUCAGAAAUAUUUUAUUUGUGCACUAUAAUUAUUUAUAUUACAUUGUUAAUCUGAAAAAAAAAUCAUAAAUUAUAUUAAGAUAACUUAAUAUAAUGACAUUUAUGUAACCUCA